CGAAUAUCAUGGAUUCCAGAAUGGUAUUUAAUAUUCGGGGUUCUAGGUUCGAGACUUUAAAAUCGACUUUAUCAAAGGCACCAGGAAAACUACUAAAACAAUUAGAUACAGGUAGCGAAUAUUAUGAUCCAGGUAAACAGGAGUACUUCUUUGACCGCGACCCAGACAUCUUUAACAGUGUGUUAAACAUGUGUAAUACAGGAUUACUACACAUCCCAAAACACAUCUGUACCAGGCUCUUCAGAUCAGAGAUGAUGUUUUGGGGUGUAUCUACCACAAAGAUAUCCACGUGCUGCUGGGGGACCUACUUCAAAGAGGACGAAGAGGCGGAGGUUAUUGAACAUCUACAGGAAACAAAUAAACAAGUGAACGAGAUGUCACAAUCUCUAAAGAAGGACAGUGCUCGAUACAAAUUCUGGAUUACCAUAGAAGACCCCGAGUCUUCACUAAUAGCCAAGAUGUGGUUCACGUUUUACAUGGCCGUCGUCGUGGUGAGCAGCAUCACUCUCUGUCUUUGGACCAUGGACGCAUUUCGGGCAGAUCACUACCUAUCGAUAUAUCAACCAGACACUUUCGCCGAAUUCCGAAACUCCUCCGAAAAAUGGAUGCGUUUGAUGCUGACAGACCCGAUAUUGUCUGUACUUAUCAUAGACGCGCUAUGUAUGCUUAUAUUUACAUUCGAAUUUGUCGUCCAUGUUUUAAUUAGUCCCCGGAAACGACUUUUGCUCAAGCGACCCAUCAACAUAGUAACAAUUCUCGUGAUUGUUGUCAUGUGGAUAGGAUUUGUGCUGGAAUUCACCAAAGAAAAAAUGGCUGCCAGCUCAUCGACACGCCAUUUCUUCUUCGCCUGUAAAGCUCUUACUAUGGGGAGGCUGCUCUUAUUUCUGAGACUGGGGAACCAAUUCCGAGCGCUGCGCGUGUUGAUAAAAAGUAUCCGAGCAAGUCUGUUUGAACUGUUGCUGAUGAUCCUAACUUUUGCGAUAGCUGCUCUUAUCUUCGGUAACAUGAUGUUUUUUGUACAACUGGAGGAAAUGGAUGGCAAAGACAAUCUCUUUAUUUGGGUGUGGUGGGCUAUAAUUACAAUGACAACCGUUGGAUAUGGCGACUAUUUUCCAACUACUUUGCUUGGUUACGUUGUGGGAGUGACUUGUGCAAUAUGUGGAGUCGUCAUUCUGGCAAUGCCCAUAGCAGUCAUCUCGUCAAACUUCUCCGCGUAUUACACACUUAGCAAAGACAAAGGUAGAAUGGCUAAGAUACGCAGGCGCGAAAUGAAAAGUCUUAAAGAAAGUCAGGACGAUACAAAACUUCUAAUCAAGUCAGAUUCUAGCUGA